AUGUUCCCUGGUGCACCGAUCAAGGUGCCAGAGUUGUGUCGCUUGGCUGAGCCACCGGCGGUUCAGGCGGUUCAGGAACCGCGGCCCGCCGAACCCUGGGCCAAGUUCCAGCCCAACACGGCUGCGCCCUUGCCGGAGAAAGACCUUCGCACGCCGGCAGCUGCCACCAGAGACUUCCGAGAUCGCGACUUCCGAGAUCGAGACUUCCGAGAUGCGCGUUACCGCGAGGCCUCGGUACCGCCACGCCUCUCGCCGCGGUUCUCGCAGAAUUCGGGGCACAUCCCUUGCCAUUUAGAGACUGCGGUCAGGGAGAUGUUCCCGGACCCCAGGAGAAAUCAUCACAGAGUCCGAAAGGACGGGACCUUCGACGGGCUCUAUGUGGACUGCACCUUUGGGCGAGGAGGCCACACCCGGCACAUCCUCUCACAGCUGUCCUCGGCUGGGCGGCUGGUCUCCUUCGAUGUCGAUCCGGAGGCCGUGGCAGUGGCGCGGGAGUUGGAGCGUGAAGACCCACGCUUCAAGAUCGCCCACCGGCCCUUUGGCGAGCUGCGGGAAGAGUUGGGCGACGCCAAAAUCGAUGGGAUUUUGGUGGAUUUAGGGGUCUCCAGCCCCCAGCUGGACGUGGGAAGUCGAGGCUUCAGCGUCACAGAGGAUGCGGACCUUGAUCUGCGGAUGAAUCAGAAGGCAGGGAUCCCUGCAUGGCAGUGGUUGCAGGAGGCAACAACCGAGGAGGUGGCCUGGGUGAUCCGUGAGCAUGGGGAAGAUGGGGGUGAGGUCAUGCCGGACCGCAUUGCCGAGUUUAUCAUGACGCAGCAGAAGAGGUGCCCCAUCAAGAGGACCAAGGACCUGGCGGAGUUGGUGAAGGUGGCGAAGCAGGGUGUGGAUGAGCGUUCCCAACACCCCGCCAAGCUCACAUUCCAAGCCUUUCGCAUGUUUCUGAACCAGGAGAUGGAGCAGCUGAAUGACUUGCUGCAUGCUGCUUGUGAAAAGCUGGUAGAUGGGGGGAAGCUUGCGGUGAUUACCUUCAAGAAAACUGAGUGUGAUGCGGUCACACGGUUCAUUCGUGAGCAUGAGGAGCCCCAGACAGAAAGGUCUUGGAUGAGUAAGGAGCGUUUCCUGGAGUUGUACCCUCUCAUGGCCAAGGACACAGACUUCUGCGUGCGCCUCACCAGAAAUCCAAUUCGCCCCAGUGACCAGGAAAUUCUCGCCAACCCUCGAACCAGAUCAGCCAUAGUGCAUGUCCUGGAAAAGCGCAAGAGGCUGCAGCCUAUGAUUCAUGUGGACAAUGGCUGCACGCGCACAGAGGCCGAGCGAUUCCGCAAGCCAACUGCGCCUUUCUCCAGAACCGCUCCGAGCAAAACGCCGGUGCCGAUCAGCCCAAAGCUCCAAAGGGCAGCUUUCCUGCCGGAGCAAAGGCCAGGUGUAUUUCCUCCACCCAAGGCAUUCGCUGAGAGGGCAGAGAGCCACAAGGAGCUGAAGCCGGAUAGGACCUACGACAGCCUGGACUCCAACACUCUUGGUGAGUGUCGUGCCAUUGUGGACUUUGCCCCAGAUGGCCCAGAUGAGUUGAAGGGGCAUAAGGGCCUGAAGGGACACAAGGGCCAAGUUUUUCGAAUCCUAUAUCGGCGGAAGGAUUGGCUCUAUGGUGCAGAUUCUGCUGAGAUGGGUUGGUUCCAUGCCUCGAAGGUGAACGAGUUUCACGACUUGUAA